UUUCUGAGGGUGCGCAUUAAAGCGGCGUACCGAAUAGAUGAUGAGUACGAGUUGUGGUUGUAAAGGAAUAAGAACAUGUUUAAAAUGCGAGGCAGAUGAAACUAAACAACAUUUACUGCAGAAGAAUGAGCUGAUUCAUUAUGAUUUCACCUAUGAUCCAGUGUUGAAGUCAGCGGUCCGAGAGGAGGAGGGUGGCACUCGACAGUGCUUCGAGUUUCCUGGAGUUUUGUUGUGGGAGAAUUUUGUGUCUGAAGAUGAAGAAAGGGAACUGAUCAGCAGAAUGGAUCAGGACGUCUGGAGAGAGUCUCAGUCAGGCCGCCGGAAACAGGACUUUGGUCCAAAGGUGAACUUCAAGAAGCGCCGUGUCCAUGUGGGAAGCUUCAGCGGCCUGCCUUCUAUCAGCCGUCAGCUGCUAGUCCGGAUGUCAAAUUCCCCCCUGUUGGCUUCGUUCAAACCUGUAGAGCAGUGCAACCUGGACUAUGAUUCUCUCAGAGGCUCCGCCAUCGACCCGCACUUUGACGACAGCUGGCUGUGGGGAGAAAACCUGGUCACCGUUAACCUGCUCUCAGACACCGUUCUGACCAUGAGCUUAGAUCAGGGCUGGGGAGACAUGGAGCAGGGCAAGGUGAGGGUGGCUGUGCGUCUUCCCCGCAGGUCUUUGGUUGUGCUCUACGGAGAGGCACGGCACCGGUGGAAACAUGCCAUCCACAGAAAAGACGUUCACGGGCGCAGAGUGUGCAGCACCUUUCGGGAGCUCUCUGCUGAGUUUCUCCCCGGAGGAGAGCAGGAGAAACUGGGUUCAGAGUUGUUGGAUAUAGCGCUGAGCUUCCAGGGUGCUCCACUAUAAGCCGACUCCACUUAGAUGCAUGUUCGUUUUUUUAAUUGCACAAAUGUAAAGUGAUUAUUUUAAUUAAUUUAAAUAAAUGCUCAUACUUUUU